GGUUAAAGGCAAAUACCCAGUGGGAUGGGCCUAGCUCAACUCAGGGAGGAAGCCCUGCCUGAAAAGGCAGCAAGCCUAGACUGUCACCCAGUGUCUGAUCACAUCUUCUGUCACUCAGGGUCUGAGAGGGUGGGAUUUUAAACGUUAUCCAAUCAGUGACGCUGGGCGUGGAACCGUCCAAUCAGACACUCAGCUGGAGCGGACAGGGCGGCUUCCGGGAUAGGGCGGGGCCUUUGUUUCCGGCUGCAAGUGGAGCUUCAGGUCUCGUCUUUCUUGCUGGGUGGCUUGGCUCCUGGAGGCCUAGCCUCUGGCCCUGUCACCUGCAGGUACUGUGAGAACCACAGCUAAGGCGGCAGGACCCCCUGGAAGCCUAGAAAUGGCAUCGUUGACAUUUACAGAUGUGGCUAUGGAAUUCUCUGUGGAGGAGUGGCAAUGCCUGGACAAAGCACAGCAGAAUUUAUAUAAAAAUGUGAUGUUAGAGAACUACAGAAACCUGGUCUUCCUCGGUGUUAUUGUCUCUAAGCCAGACCUAAUUACCUGUCUGGAGAAAGAAAAAGAGCCCUGGAAUACGAAGCAACAUGAAAUGGUGGAUGAACCCCCAGUUAUGUGUUCUCACUUUGUCAAAGAACUUUCGCCAGAGCAAAAUAUAAAAGAUUCUUUCCAAAAAGUGAUACUGAGGAGAUACAAUAAAUGUGGAGAUGAUAACUUACAAUUAAGGAAAGGCUGCAGAAGUGUGGAUGAGUGUAAACUGCACAGAGGAGAUUAUAAUGGACUUGAUCAAUGUUUGCCAACUACCCAGAGCAGAAGGUUUCAAUGUCAUACAUAUGUGGAAGUCUUUCAUAAGUUUUCAAACUCAAAUAGACAUAAAGUAAGACAUACAGGAAAGAAACUUUUCAAUUGUAAAGAAUGUGGCAAAUCAUUUUGCAUGCUCUCCCUACUAACUCAACAUAAAAGAAUUCAAAUUGGAGAGAAACCCUACAAAUAUGAAGAAUGUGGCAAAGCCUUUAAUGAGUUCUCAAACCUUACUGCACAUAAGUUAAUUCAUAUUGGAGAUAAACGCUACAAAUGUGAAGAAUGUGGCAAAGCAUUUAAACGGUCCUCAACCCUUAGUCAACAUAAGAGAAUUCAUACUGGAGAGAAACCCCAUAAAUGUGAAGAAUGUGGCAAAGCAUUUAACCAGUCUUCAAUCCUUACUAGACAUAAAAGAAUUCAUACAGGAGAGAAACCCUACAAAUGUGAAAAAUGUGGCAAAGCCUUUAACCGUUUCUCAAAGCUUACUACACAUAAGAUAAUUCAUACUGGAGAGAAACCCUACAAAUGUGAAGAAUGUGGCAAAGCAUUUAACCAGUCUUCAAUCCUUACUAGACAUAAAAGAAUUCAUACAGGAGAGAAACCCUACAAAUGUGAAAAAUGUGGCAAAGCCUUUAACCGUUUCUCAAAGCUUACUACACAUAAGAUAAUUCAUACUGGAGAGAAACCCUACAAAUGUGAAGAAUGUGGCAAAGCCUUUAAUGAGUCCUCAAAGCUUACUGCACAUAAGAUAAUUCAUACUGGAGAGAAACCCUACAAAUGUGAAGAAUGUGGCAAAGCAUUUAACCGGUCUUCAGCCCUUAUUCAACAUAAGAGAAUUCAUACUGGAGAGAAACCCUAUAAAUGUGAAGAAUGUGGCAAAGCAUUUAAGCAGUCCUCAAGCCUUCCUAGACAUAAAAGAAUUCAUACAGGAGAGAAACCCUACAAAUGUGAAAAAUGUGGGAAAGCCUUUAACCAUUUCUCAAACCUUACUACACAUAAGAUAAUUUAUACUGGAGAGAAACCCUACAAAUGUGAAGAAUGUCACAAAGGCUUUAACCUGUCCUCAACCCUUAAUGAACAUAAGAUAAUUCCUACUGGAGGAAAACCCUACAAAUGUGAAGAAUGUGGCAAAGCCUUUAAUAAGUCCUCAAGGCUUACUGCACAUAAGAUAAUUCAUACUGGAGAGAAACACUACAAAUGUGAAGAAUGCGGCAAAGCCUUUAAUGAGUCCUCAAAGCUUACUACACAUAAGAUAAUUCAUACUGGAGAGAAACGCUACAAAUGUGAAGAAUGUGGCAAAGCAUUUAACCGGUCCUCAACCCUUAGUCAACAUAAGAGAAUUCAUACUGGAGAGAAACCCUACAGAUGUGAAGUAUGUGGCAAAGCUUUUAUGCAUUUCUCCAAACUUAAUAAACACAAGAGAAUUCAUACUGGAGAGAAACCUUACAAAUGUGAAGAAUGUGGGAAAGCUUUUAGUCAGUCCUCAAAUCUUACUAUGCAUAGGAGAAUUCAUACUGGCGAGAAACCCUACAAAUGUGAAAUAUGUGGCAAAGCCUUUAACCGGUCCUCAAACCUUACUAUGCAUAAGAUAAUUCAUACUGGAGAGAAACCCUACAAAUGUAAAGAAUGUGGCAAAGCUUUUAGCCAGUCUUCAACCCUUACCAAACAUACGAGAAUACAUGCUAGAGAGAAACCCUAAAAGUGUGAAGAAUAUGGCAAAAAUUUUAACCAAUUCUCAACCUUUACUAAACAUAAGAUAAUUUAUACAUUUAACAAAUGUGUUAAAUGUGGCAAAGCCUUUAACCAGUCCUCAACUUUUGCUAAAAAUGAAAAUUCAUGUGGAAAAUAAACCCUGCUAAUGCAAAGAAUGUGAUGAAUGCUUUAACGAGUUUUCAACCCUUAGCUCACAUAAUACUGGAGAUAAACUGUACAAGUGUGAAGAAUGAAGCAAAGCCUUUAACAAGUCCUCAGUUCUUAACAGACAUAAUUCGUCCUGGAGAGAAACUCUGCAAACCUGAAAGAGGUGACAAUGCUUUUAACAACACCUCAGACCUUUCCAAACAUAAAAGUAAUCAUACUGGUACAAAACCCUAGAAAUGUGAAGUGCCGCAUCCUUUUCCACCCAUGCUGUCUGACAAGGUCCACACAUUGGGAAGGAAACUUCAAAGAAGGGGCCUUCCUGGAAAAGGAUGAGGCAUAUGGGUGGAUAUGCUUGGAUGCGCUGGGCUGAUUCUGUUAGUCAUUUACUUGAUGUAACUUCUUUCAUCUUCAAAAACAUCCCUUGUAGCUGAAUUAGAUAAAAAAAAAACCCUGCUUCCACUGAAGCAUCGAAAAUUACCAAAAGUCCAGAAUGUAGUAGGAGUAUAUUAAAUAUAAUAGGGGAAGAGCUUGAGCCAGGAGACACUAUGAAACAGUUUAUGAUAAAUUCACAACAAGCAGACAUAUUACAGAAAGAGGUUACACCCACACCAAAAGCUGAGAAACAAGUUAAGGAACCCGAUGAAUAUAAACCUCGCAACCUUCUCUCUACAGUUCAAGGACCCCCCAAUGUAGCCUAUCUAAUAUAAGGGAAACCUUGGUACCCUCCAAAAGGAGCAAAUGUGAACAUGAAAGUAAUAAAAGUACCUGAUCCAACAGUUCCAUAUACAGGAGCAUAUAAUGAGGAUGGCAUUAACAUGAUUAAUAAAGAUGGCAUGCACAUUCCCUAUCACACUUUAACAUUUAUAGAAAGAUUAGCAAAUUCAGGACCACCUUGGUGUAUAAGAACAAAGAAACAAAAACUUGGUGUUUUAAAACAAUUGGCAAGACACUUUAAGAAAUACUGUAAAGGAAGAGGGGAUUUGUAUAAGAAAAUACAAGAAGAGAUUCGAAAGGAGGAAAGCACAGAGGAAUAAAAGUGCAUAAGUCAUCUAGGUCAUGACCUUUUCUACCCCCAGUCUCACUCUAUCUUUAGUAUAUCUUAGUCCUUUGAAUCAUAACUUUUGUUAUUUCUAUGUAGUCAAGGGAAUUGACCUAGAAAAAUUUUCUGCUUACAUGCUGUAGUUAUGUCCAAAGUAAAAGUAUACAAACCACACUGUUACAGUAAUAAACAGACAGAGAAUCACAA